AUGGCAAUCAUCGAUUUUUUCAAGAGAAACCAAGCGAUUCAAAUAACCGAGGAUAACACAUUACCUUCGCCAGUCCCCAAUUCCACACCCUCGACAUCAUCAUCAUCAUCAUCAACGUUCCCGAAUUUUGGCGGGUGGAGCUCAUUCAAGAAAUAUAAUCUUAUUCGAUUACCAGAAAAUGACGACGACAACCAGGAAAUCCCGGCUGCCAGUAACGAGCCAGGGAUGUUCAAUCUUUCACAAUCAGACCGCUGGAUGAUAUUUAUAAUCUUCUUGGUGGGAUCGUUGGCGUGCUACGGGAUUUGCAUCGUGAUGUUCCCGAUUCUCUCACUCAAGCCGCGGAAAUUCAUUGCGUUGUGGACUUUGGGAUCGAUAUUCUUCGUCACUGGGUUUGUAUUCUUGAAAGGCCUUCAAAGCUCCAUGAACAGUCUAUUGUCGACCGAUCGAAUGGCGUUGAAACUCGCGGUGAUUGCCAGUAUCAUCAUGACAAUCUACUCGACGAUUGUCCUCCACAGUACGGUGCUCUCUAUCAUCUUUGCGGUGCUCCAGUUGGUAUCGCAGGCGUACUACUCUGCCAGCUAUUUUCCCUUUGGAAGAAGCACUCUUGGGUUCUCUUCAAGAAUCGCCAUCAACCAGGCGGAAAGUUGGAUCAAUUCUUAG